CUUAACGUAAACUACUGUUCAAGCGUCACGAUUGUAAAAUGACAAGACGAAAGCCAAUCAAAUCGUGGGAUUGGCCAUCUGUAGUCUUAGCUGUCAGCAAAAUAAUCCAAUUAGCAAACACGCCUAGUACAGUUUUGGCCAAUCGUCGAGCCACUUGAAAAAAGUAUCCCUCCCCUCUAUCAAGACGCACAAGACUCUGAACCGAAGGAUAUCUUGGCCUCCCUACAGAAGCUGAUUAUUCGGAUCUAUGUAAUGAUUUAUCCCACACCAUGAUCCCAUACUGAUACGAAACUUAGAGAGAUUUAGUCAAUAAGUCGACAGAUUUGUUCAGGGACAUCUGCGUUGGCGUCAAACAUGCGCAAAAAUUCACGCUAUCAAAGCAGAGAAUCACCGUAAACGGAAUGAUCGCUUCUCACGUGAAGUCACCCUGAUUGUUUGUUUUUAAAGGAAGCGACAAGCUUAUCGACUCCGAAAAUACCCGCAACCGAGAGACCGAAGUGGAAACGAGCGCUGACAUCCGCAGUAUAUCUGGAAAUACGGUGUCCUGAGCCAUGGGGGCCUUCUUGGACAAACCGAAGACAGAGAAACACAAUGCUCACGGAGCGGGCAACGGUCUACGCUUUGGCCUGAGCAGCAUGCAGGGCUGGAGGGUAGAGAUGGAGGACGCUCACACGGCCGUGGUGGGUCUACCGCACGGUCUGGACGACUGGUCCUUCUUCGCAGUGUACGAUGGUCACGCUGGGUCCCGCGUAGCCAACUAUUGCUCCAAACACCUGCUGGAGCACAUCAUAACCAGCAGCGAGGACUUCCGUUCAGGGCCCGACUCGGUGGAGGGCGUUAAAAGCGGCAUUCGUUCUGGUUUCCUGAAGAUCGACGAGUACAUGCGCAACUUCUCGGACCUACGUAAUGGCAUGGACCGUAGUGGCUCCACGGCAGUCGGCGUGCUGGUGUCCCCCGAGCACCUCUAUUUCAUCAACUGCGGAGACUCCCGUGCCGUACUCAGUCGCGUGGGACAGGUACGGUUCUCCACACAAGAUCACAAGCCGUGCAACCCACGUGAAAAAGAGCGCAUUCAGAACGCAGGAGGUUCUGUGAUGAUCCAAAGGGUGAAUGGUUCUCUUGCUGUGUCACGUGCCCUGGGGGACUAUGACUACAAGUGUGUGGAUGGGAAGGGCCCCACCGAGCAGCUGGUAUCUCCGGAACCCGAGGUGUUUGAAAUCCCACGCGUUUCAGAAGAGGAUGAGUUCGUGGUGCUCGCCUGCGAUGGCAUCUGGGAUGUGAUGAGCAACGAGGAGCUGUGUGAUUUUGUGCGCUCUCGGCUAGAGGUGUGGGAUGACUUGGAGAAGGUCUGCAACUCUGUGGUGGACACCUGUUUACAUAAGGGAAGCCGUGACAACAUGAGUGUUGUUCUAGUAUGUUUCCCCAAUGCACCGAAGGUAUCAGAGGAAGCUGUUAAGAGAGAGGCUGAGUUGGACAAGUUCCUGGAGGCUCGUGUGGAAGAGAUCAUGGAGAAGUCAGGGGAGGAAGGCAUCCCAGAUCUAAGCCAUGUCAUGCACAACCUUCGCCCUGAGAGCAUCCCCAACCUGCCACCUGGAGGUGGUCUCGCUAGCAAACGUAGUGUAAUUGAGGCCGUUUACAACAGGCUAAACCCACACAGAGAAGAAGAUGGGAGCGGAGGUGACCUGGACGACCCCUGGUAGCCCGAGCAGCCAACGGCUUCUGAACCACACGAGAAUGUCCUCAGUUCACACAAGAAAACCCUUGCUCACACACUUUUUUUGGUUUCAAUUCGGAGAGCGUCAUAGGAAAUGUUAAACGACGAGUCUGGGAAUACAUACGCUUGUUUUUUAAAGAUGAUGAGAAAACUACAGAAAUUUGUUUUUGUUUUUUUUGUGUUUGGGUUUUUUUUUUUUUUUUUUUUUUUUUUAGAACUGCAUUAUAUGGUAGAGAGAUUUAUUUUUACUCAUCCCACCCCCACCCCCCCUUCCUCCUGAAUCUGUGUCCAUUACACAGAAGUUGCUGGACGCUAAUUUGGAGGCAUGAACUCUGAAACUGGAGGAGCGCAGGGCCAGCGAGCUCUGAGAGGGACAGGGACCCUCGUUCAGAUGCGGCUCUCUUCAAAAAAAAAAAAAAACCCUUCACACCACCACGCAUGUGCAGCUUUUUUGGAGGCAUGAUCUCAGUUCUUGUUCACCGUUUCUGCCGCCCUCUUCUUUAACCCUGCGACUCUUAACGGGCUCUAUCCCAUCAGCUGGACAGCAGCCGCAAAAAUGUAACGUAUCUGUUGUGGAUUUUUUAAUUUUUAUUUUUUUCCUCUUUCGGGGCAGAGGCAACUUUCUUCUAGUGUCAUUAAUUUUGGUGCUUGCUGUUAAACAUGAAAACGCAAAAAAGAAAGAAAAAAAAAUCCUAGGGUACUCUUGAGACUCGAAUCUUGACCGCGGGAGAUUAUUGCAAACCUGCUAUGAAUUCGGAGGAGCUCGUCGCGGCGACUUCCUCGCAGUCGCCUCGGAGACGUGCAUAAAUACUCCUUCUCUUUUUUUUCGCAGCACUCUUCGUUCCCCGCUCUCCCCUUCAGCUUGCCUUCUGGUUUGUGGUUUUCUCUAACAAAAUAGUCGAGUUUCAAAUAGUUUCCCCCUCUAUCAUUUUGACUUGGCAUUUUUAACUUUUUUUUAUUAUUACAGAUUAUAUGGCGUAAUUGGUAUUGUUUGAUUGCACUCACAUUUGAUUACGAAAACAAAAAUACUAAAAAAAAAAAAAAACUAUAUGAAAGAGAAACUAUGAGAAGGUAGAGUAUUUCUAAAGUGAAACUGCAGAAAUAUGUAUGUGUAUAUAGCUAUAUAUAUUUUUUCUCCUUUAACAGCGGAGUGAAAGAGUGGGAGGGGACGCUCUCUCCUCAGACUGGCUGAUAGGUACUUGAAUAUUCAUUAUGAGUGGUUCUGAUUUUUUUUUUUUUUUUUGUUCGUUUUUUUCGGUAAUCCUUAAUGUAGGAUUGUUUUUGAACCGUGCCUGUAAAAGGUGAACCAUGCUGUAAGGGGUGUACUUACAGGACAGUUAGCUAUGAAUGAAUGUACCCCUUAUUCACACUGAUACACAUUACAUAUACCUUCACGCACCCAUUUGUACAUGCUCAUGCGUAACACUUUCAUAUGUGCAUUUAUUGUUUGAUUAGCUUCAUCGUAUGCAUUCACGUUCUUGCUCCAUGUACUUCACAUGCAAGGUUUUCUUUUUGGUUUUUUUCUGCGCUGUGCGAUCAUCGGACACAGACGUGCUCUGGAGGCCUUCUUUUCUUCCUCCUCUUUUUUUUUUUUUUUUUUUUUUUUGGUUGUUUAUUCAUCGACUUCACCUGCUCUGGUGUGUAGCUUUAAAUGAGUGUUUAAUUGAAUUUUAUGAGAUGAUUGUUUAUGUAUGUAUAUAUAUUUUUGCAGUUUUCCCCUCUUCUGGUACACAUAAUUUGUAGCCAUAUGCUGGAAAGCUUCAUUUUAGGACUAAUAGAUUGAGUCAGAUUCCAGCCGAGAUGGUAAAGAGAUAUAUAUUUUGUGCGGUGAGUGCUCAAGGACAUUCAUUUGCGUUGUGUAUAUCAACAAUUAUUGAUGCAUAGAAUAAUUGAGACAAAGUAUUUUAUUUAUUCCAAGUGUGUUGGCUUAAGAAGAGAGGGUUUCGCCGGAGGGGGAAACUACUGUCCCGUGUGUUUUUUGGAGAGUGUGAUUGAAUUCUCUUGCUCUCAUGUCCUUCCUCUUUCUCUCUGAUUCUCUCUAACCACCUGACGAGCCCAUGUAAUGAACGUCCCCAGUAUGAUGUUGUGAUGUUUCAGUAGCAAACAGUGAAUAUGAUCUGUUCUCCUCAAUAAAGGAUUGCUAAAGUUUGAUGUUAA